UAGGAAGCUUCGGUAUGAGCGCGGAUAAACGGAUUUGUUGUUGUGUUGACUGGAAACACUGAUAUCUGUGUGUUUACCGACAGGAUCGUCUUGUUUUAAAAUCUUAAAGUCGCCCGUCAUGAGUCUGUCUCUAAGAACUGACCUUGUGGCAGACAAAACCAAGCGCAAGAAGAGGAGAGAGCUCAGCGAGGAUCAGAAACAUGAAAUCAAAGAAGCGUUUGAGUUGUUUGAUACCGACAAAGAUAAAGAAAUCGACUACCACGAGCUGAAGGUGGCGAUGCGUGCACUCGGCUUUGAAGUGAAGAAAGUGGAUGUUUUGAAGAUUCUCAAAGACUACGACAGAGAGGGAAAUGGCAAAAUAACAUUUGAGGAUUUCAAUGAAGUGGUGACUGAUCGCAUCCUGGAGCGAGACCCAAAGGAGGAGAUCAUGAAGGCCUUCAAGCUAUUUGAUGAUGAUGAAUCAGGAAAGAUCAGUCUGAGGAACCUGAGGCGAGUAGCUCGAGAACUUGGGGAGAACAUCAGUGAUGAGGAGCUGCGCAGCAUGAUCGACGAGUUUGACACUGACGGAGAUGGUGAAAUAAAUCAGGAGGAGUUCCUCUCCAUCAUGACCGGAGACUCCUGAUGAGGAGUUCUGGGUUGGAUCGGUCGUCUGUAGCUGAGUGACUGAACGUCUGUCGGUGUGUCCAUGAAGGUGAACACAUGAGCGUGUUGAACGAGUGUCUGACGUGGUCCGGAUCUGCUCAUUGGCCUUGUGGUUUAUAUUUGAUUUUUCACAUAAAAGGACUGGACUUGUUUGACCACACUGCUCGAGUCCGUCCAAGUGUCUUUUACAUGUUUCUGUCUUAAAAAAACUCACCGCCAAAGUGAAUCGAAGAACAUUUCAGACUUUGUUAAAUUUGCUGUUUUUAGUCUUGUUGAUUUAUAUUCAAGAUCACUUUAUCAGUCUUUCUAUCACAUCCAAAUAACUGUUGGGGAAGAAGACAAAUAGGUGGACAUUUUUGCUGUUGAUUCCUGUCUGUGAUUCUGUCUCCGUUUCUCCGUCUUCUUUAGGAUAGGAAAUGUGAUGUGAGUAUUUGUACUAUUUAUUUUGUAUUAAAAUAAAUCAGUUUACCAACAAGGGAACUACAUAUACAAGACAA